CCGGUGGGUUUGUGUCUUGAAUCAAGGGAAGCGGAAACGUCGGGCAGUGUGGAAGCCGUGGCGGCGCGGGAGCUGCCGGGGCUCUCGGUGCCGACGCAGACAGGCGCUGGUGGGCUUCACCGACACGCCGACAGAGAACCAACCCCGUCGGAAGAGUUCAGCAGCUUAGAUGUCCUGUGUGACACGGAGUUUGAAGGAGAUUUUGUGAAGCUAUUCAAGAAGUCGCUGUGCACACUGCCAUCCGUUGGCCUGCCUGCCCUCCUGGCCCACAGACCCGAAGCCUCUCGAGAAAACCUACAGAUCCAGGCAGAAGAGGGCUGUGCCCCGAGGUGCGAGUACUGUGGCAGCCUGCUGAGGCCGUUCCCCUCCCUGGAAGACCCUGGCCCGCCGCCGCAGGGUUACGCCUGGAAAUUCUGCUGCGAGCGUAACCAAGACCUCUACGAGUUCAUCGUAAGGGAGAGGAGGGGCCGCGAAGGCGCCGGGAGCGUUCUGGCUGCUGUCGGCCCCCGGGAACCCCUCGGCACCCACAGGCUGUCCCAGGGGAGAGCGGACCAGAGGCAGCGGGAGAGGCGAGUGGCCAGGCAGUUGGCUUUCCUGGCCGCAGAGCCGACGGCAGCAGCUGAAUGCUCGCACCAGGCCGGCACCAUUUCCUACCUGCUUUCCCAGGAGCCCCCGUCGCCGGCCGGCCGGACGCUGGUGCCUGCCGAGAGCAGGGCAGAGCCCGCGGAGGAGCCCGAGGAGGAGCCCGGGGUCACCUGCUGCGACUUCAGCCCGGCGGGCGGGGGGGUAGUGAAAGAUGGAUUGUUGGAAAAAUAUUACAGACACGGAGGGAAAUUCCUCACCAUGCUUCCAGAUGGAACAGCGCAGUUGUUUUAUCCAUCUGGAAACCUGGCCAUCGUCGUCAUACGGGAGAAAGCCCGGGCCACCUGCAUAGUGCGGGAGGACGAGGCCAGGACCGGGGCGGUACGGGCAGUGUUUACGUCCGCUGGCAGAAGUACGUGCUACUACCCGGACGGAGCCGUGUGGAUAAACCUGAACGUCGAGGGGGGGCAGUAUCUGGACCGAGCAGGCAGCAGGGUGAGACGUUGGACGUGGCCAAACCGCGUUGUGGUGUCGGGACCCCCCGUCCCGCUGCGCCCCGUCUUCAUCGCCCUGAACCAGCACGUGGGGGUGAGGAUCCUGGGCCAGGACAAGAUCACCGUUUCCUUCCUUGCCGGGGGGCAACAAGCAAAACUCAACGUGGGAACCAAAGUGCAGGCCAGUGCCGGCGGCCAGCGGCCUCCCCCCACCCGGCUGGGCAAAGACGAGCUCCUGCUGCUCACCCUCAGGCUGCGGAUCCUGCGGCUCUUAGACAGAAUCCGGUGGUGCCUCAACUUUCCUUCCAACGAGCAACGGGACAGAACGAAGCCCCCGGCCGUGUUACCACACAGACCCCCAAAGAUCUCGCAGCUCUGCACUGCUCCCGACGUCGGCGAAGAGCUGCACAGCUCGCUCUGGGCGAUGGUGAACGCUGUCUGCCCCACACGCGGCUGCUGCGACGGGGGAGCGCGGCCGAGAGGCUCUGCCAGGUUCCCCCACGGCCACCCCUCCCCUGGGGCCCUCCCACCUCAGACAGCCAGUAUCGCAGCCCAUGAGGCACGACGAGGGGCUGUGCUGGGGGUAAAUCCCUCCGUGAUGCCACCUCGUCGCUCCCGCACGGCCUCUGCUCUCCCAGCAGAAACCAGCCCGGGCUGAGCAGCUGCCCCGCGGCACGAGGUAGAUGCCCUCAGUGUUAUGAUUUAGUACCAGUCCGCAUGUUGACGAGGUCAAUCACGUGCCCACACACGGGUCUCUACACCCUCAUUUUAAAAUGACAAAGUAGCCCUAUGCAGGAGAGCAAAGAACAGCAACUUUACCACUAAGGACGUGGGUCUGGGCCUGCCCCUGCCCCCAGCGAUGGUGGCCACGGGACCCCCCCUCCACUAAAGCUGCGUUUAACGAGCUGGUUCAGGGAGGAGAAGCCCUUUGGGGAUCACGGGACACAGAGGGAGCUGAGGGCCCAGGAAGCCCCAGGCCAGGUAUUUCUGGGGGCUGGGGGGCGUGGGGAUGAAGGGGACGCAAUGCCUGCUCUGCCAGACAUGGACUUCCAGGCUGGGGCUGCCUGGGAGCCACAAGGGCUCAGCUGGGCUUAGGCCAGACCACCAGAAGCACCAACUUCAGCCUAGAGCAAGCUCUGGCCAAAGCACCCCAGAGAGCAAGUUGUGGGCUGGCGUCUGGGUUAGGGGACGGCUGGCAGGUAUCGCUGCCAUAGCAACCAUCAUGGUUCUUUUAUUUCCAUUUAUUGCUCCGUUUUCCUUUGGUGAACAGCGAUGGCGGGGCCUGGGCAGACACGAGCACAGCCCCCGGGCAGGACCUGCCCCUGCGUUUAAGAGCUGUCAGCAAAGGCUCUCGCAGACCCAACCCCAACAUCUCAAUAAACCACCUUGCCCAGGGGGAAGAGAAGGAACAGGGGGGGCAUCGCUAGGGAAAGACUGGGAACAGCUGACGGAAAACCUCAGCCUAGCAACACACCUCUGCAUUUAUGUGUUCUGAUUUGUCUGAAGUUUGUAACUGAUGAGAAACUGUUACCCACACCAGACAACAUUGGUUAAUCUGUUUCAGAAGAGAAGGCAUGAACUGCCCAAGAGAUGAAUUCAGCAGGGCCAAAGCAGCCACGAGGCCUUUGUGGUUCAUGGCUGCGACAGCAGCACCCUCGUAACAACCCGCACCGGCCUCUGCCACAGCCAUGGGACAGCGGGGGGGACCCAACGCUUCACCACCAGCCCCCAAGCCGCGGGCAGGGCCAGGCAGUUCCCACAGGCAGCCAUGGCUCUGCGCGUCCCCGCCUCGUCCCGCCCGAGGAGCUCUCCCGCAGGGUCGGUAGGAGGGGGGGGCUCCCAGGGACGGGGGUCCCUGCGCAGGGAGCACAGCGCAGCCCACCCCCAC